UGUCCAGGCCCAGCCUGUCCUAGGAUACCAGGAGGUGAAGCUGGGGUCUAAGGAGUGGCGAUUGGGCAAGAGGCUGGAGCGAAACAGCUCGGUCAGAGCCAGUACCCGGGGUGCUUUCCAAGCCUAAGCCCGGAGUGGGACCCAAGCUUGUGAUGGGUUCCAGAAAGGGGCCCCAGGCUGCCUGCCCAGGGGAAAGAGUCUGAGAGACAAGGGCCAGGCGCAGCUCCUUGGCCCCCACCCCCACCCCCAGAGGGGUCUGCGGACCCCAGCCUCACACACUGCCACCACACGGCCCCACCGCGGAGGCCAGAUCUGGGCGUUCCUUCGGGAGCAUGGGAAAUCCACGAGGGCCCGUGCAGGGGCUGGAGACCCCGGGGCACCUGGAGACCUGGGGUUUGCAGAGUGCACCUCCGGAUCCGACCCUGGGGCCCUGCAGCGCUCAUCUCUGGGGCUCCUCGGGAUGAGAUGGAGGCUGGGCUGUGGGCUAUGGCUGCUUUCCACUCAUUAUUUGAGCCAUGGCCCCAUUUACAGAGCUGUAGACUGAGGCCCGGGUUGCACAGCAGCAUCUGGGGUGGUGCUGGCCAGGAGGCUCCCGCUGGACAGAUGGGAGGGUAGCCCCCCCCACCCCCCAGGCUGAGGGCCUGAAUUCCUCCCAUAGUCCCCCCCUAGCUGAGGACAGGCAGGGCCCAGCAUGGGGCCUCAAAUGACGGCUCAUUCCCUCCCCUGGGCCUUUGUACCGUGGCCUCUGCCUCCCCAGGAUGGCUGGGGAGAGGAGAGGGGAUGUCCCACCCCCUGCCCUGCCUGUGGGUUCUGUCGCCUGUGGUGGGUGAGUGGGCUGGCCCAGCCCAGGAAUGCACUUUGCUUCCAGGUUGAGCAAUGUCACUGCGGCUUGGGGGUCGGUGGGGGGCGGGAGGAGACACCGUGGGAACAGGCUUUCCCGGAAGGCCCACCCCAGAUGGCCUCUCUGGCGCAGGCUGGCUGAGGGCUCUGGGCACAGGGGCCUGGCAGCCUAGCUGGGUUGUGUCCGUCCCCAGGAAACGAGGAACGGCUGGGGCGGGCAGGGCUGCAGUCCCUGGGGAGGUUGUAUUUCCUGGACUGUGGAACUGGGUGUCCAGGGCUGGGCGCACAGCCUGUCUACGCUCCUACAGGGGUGACAAAAGUCAGCCUGCUCCCUUCUGCAGAGAGGGGGAGCUGAGGUCCCUCGGGGUCACCCACAGGACUGCAGGCCCAGCCAGGCUGAGACUUGAACUCCUGUCCAGUCGCCCUCCCUCUGUCUCUGAGCCACGCCUACCUCCUACCCGAAUUUGCUGCUCCCUUGGCCACGGCCACAAUGAGAGAGGGUGGGAAUUGGGAUGCCGGCUCCCCUCUGCGGGAGUGAGGAGGGGUGUCUGGCCUUGCCUCCCUGGUCCAGCAGGGGGAGCUAGAGAGCAGCCCCCUUCUGCUUUCUGGAGUGGGUGCUCGGAGACAGCGGGGAGCGGGAUCCUUGGGGUUCUGGCCACAGGCGCCAAGUGCACAGACUCGAUGGCAUGGGGUGAUCCUGGCGCCAGCGGGCCAGCAGGACUGGCCGUGGGACGCCCGGGCAGUGAGGGAGUUAACCACAGCAGCUUGCUCCUCUCUACAAGGAAAAACUCCCCACGGCCGCCUGUUGCCUGGCUUCCAGCCAGGGCCGAGAGCAGGGGCUGAGAACUGGAAGUGCAUGCGCUCGGCCAGCUCUGCUCUGCAGCGAGCACUCGGGGAGGCGGCAGCCCUGCUGGCCACCAGCGCUCCCUCCACCCUCCCACCUGCCUGCCUGCUGUCCAUCUCUGAGCCUGUCUGUCCAGCCGCCUGUAAGUCCAUCUCUUUCCAGGUGUCCAUCUGUCCUCCCUGUCUUGCUGUCCUGCCUGUUGACCCACCUGCUACCUGUCCUUGUCCACCUGUCCGGUCAUCUGUGAGCUCACCUGCACAUCUCCCUCUCUGUUCACCUGUCUGUCUGUCCAUCUGCUGGCACAUCUGCCCACCUGCCUCCCCUCUCCCGCUGAGCCACAGAGCCAUGGCCUGGGGCCGCGGUGCCACCAUCAGCCUCGUCCUGCUCGGGCUGGCCCUGGCGCUGGCCAUCAUUGUUCCAGCCGUGGUCCUUUCCCGCCACCGCGCCCGCUGCGGCCCCAAGGCUUUUGCCCACGCUGCGGUAGCUGCUGACUCCAAGGUCUGCUCCGACAUUGGACGGUGAGUGAGAGGGCCAUCCUGCAGCAACAGGGCUCACCUGUGGACGCCACCAUCGCUGCUCUGGUCUGCACUGGCGUUGUCAACCCUCAGAGCAUGGGCCUGGGCGGAGGGGUCGUGUUUACCAUCUACAACGCAACGACAGGGAAAGUGGAGGUCAUCAAUGCCCGGGAGACGGUGCCAGCGGGCGGCGACCCUGACCUGCUGAGUGGCUGUGAGCAGGCACUGCCGCUGGGCACAGGGUCCCAGUGGAUCGGGGUCCCCGGGGAGCUCCGUGGCUACGCCGAGGCCCACCGCCGCCACGGCCGCCUGCCCUGGGUGCAGCUGUUCCAGCCCACCAUUGCGCUGCUGCGUGGGGGUUACCGCGUGCCCCCUGUCCUCAGCCACUUCCUGCACAGUGACUUCCUGCGGCCCUCGCUCAACGCAUCCUCCCUGAGGCAGCUCUUCUUCAACGGGACAGAGCCCCUGCAGCCUCAUGAUCCCUUCCCGUGGCCUGCGUUGGCCGCCACCCUGGAGGUAGUCGCGGCCGAGGGCGCCGAGGCCUUCUACACGGGGAGGCUGGGCCGGAUGUUGGUGGAAGAUGUUGCCAAGCAAGGAGGCCAGCUGACCAUGCAGGAUUUGGCUGCCUUUCAGCCGGAGGUGGUGGACGCCCUGCAGGUGCCCCUGGGGGACUUCACAUUGUACUCGCCGCCACCGCCUGCAGGGGGCGCCAUCCUUGGCUUCAUCCUCAACGUGCUGAGAGGGUUCAACCUCUCAGCAGAGUUGCUGGCCAGGCCUGAAGGAAUCGUGAGCAUGUACCACCACAUCGUGGAGACCCUCAAAUUUGCUGGGGGGCAGAGGUGGCGGCUGUGGGACCCCCGCAGCCACCCAGAGGUACAGAAUGCCUCCCAGGCCCUGCUCGGGGAGGAGCUGGCCCAUCUCAUCCGCCAGCAGAUGGAUGACCGCGGCGACCACCAGCUCAGCCAUUACGGCCUGGCCGGGGCCGGGGACCACUGCAUGGGCACCUCCCACGUGUCUGUACUGGCGGAGGACGGCAGUGCCGUGUCUGCCACCAGUACCAUCAACACGCCCUUUGGAGCCAUGGUCUACUCACCACGCACGGGAGUCCUCCUCAACAAUGAACUCCUGGAUCUAUGCUGGAGGCGCCCACCAGGCUCCGGCGAACCCCCCGCACCCGUUCCAGGCGAGCGGCCCCCUUCGUCCAUGGUACCUUCCAUCCUGAUCAAUGCAGCCCGGGGGUCGAAGCUGGUGAUCGGUGGGGCAGGGGGGGAGCUCAUCAUAUCUGCCGUGGUCCAGGCUGUUGUGAACAAACUGUGGCUUGGUUUUGACCUGGGAGCGGCCAUUGCAGCUCCGAUCCUGCACGUGAACAGCCAGGGCCGCGUAGAAUAUGAACCCAGCUUCAGCCAGGAGGUGCAGAGGAGACUCCAAGAGCACGGCCACAGCCAGAGCCCUCGGCCCUUCUUCCUGAACGUGGUCCAGGCCGUGUGGCAGGAGGGGGCCUGUGUGCACGCUGCGUCGGACCCCAGGAAGGCCGGGGAGGCUGCCGGCUACUGAGGAGCCAGGCCUGGCCACCGGACCGAGUGCUGCGGCAGGGAGCCAGCGGACCCAGCCUGCCAGAUGGACGCAGGCAGGGGCGGAGCCUCUGCCUUGGCCCCGCCCUCAUCGAGGCCCCGCCCCAGCCCCUUGCCUGUCCUCGCAAGUGGUAUAUCCUGAACUCAAGGAUUAAAGAGGGGGCCGUCGAGGGGGAUCGGCACCGUGGCUUACUAGGUUAAUCCUCCGCCUGCAGCACCGGCAUCCCAUAUGGGCGCCGGGUUCUAGUCCCGGUUGCUCCUCUUCCAGUCCAGCUCUCUGCUGGGGCGGGAGGGCGGUGGAGGAUGGCCAGGGUGGUGGAGGAUGGCCAAAGUGCUUGGGCCCCUGCACCCGCGUGGGAGACUGGGAGGGGGCACUUGGCUCCUAGCCAUCCAGGAGCGGCCAUUUGGGGGGUGAACCAAUGGAGAGAGUACCUUUCUCUCUCUCUCACUCACUAUCUAAGUCUGUCAAAUAAAAAUAAAUAAAGA